UGCCUUUUUUUUUCCGAGUCCCCCCCACCCCGCCUGUGGUUUUAAAUGACUGGCAGGGACAAGCGGUUGUAACACGAGGACCCUCUCAAGCCGCUAAGUUGAUGGUUUCAUAAUGAAGAGAGCCACGCCUUUGGAGAACUUCUGAAGACUCAAUUAGCACGCUUCGUUUGCUUCGUCCCUCGUUGUCGUCUUCGGCUGGAGAAGGACCCCCGUUUUCCUUCCUUCCUGGUGUGAAGUGGACGGAUCUCCAAACAAUCAUUAUCCAACCCCCUCCUCUCUCUCCCCCCCCACCUCUUCCUCCGGCAGCAACCCUUCAAAAGCUGAUUGAGCGGAGUUUUUGCUUCGGGGGUGUCUCUUUUUCCAAUAUGGGGGUGCCUUUGAGCUUUGGGCAUGAGGCUUUUCUUUCGUGGCGCUAAAAGCGACCUCUUGAUCCUCAGGACAGCUUCUGGGGUGACCCUAGGAUCCAUCCGAAGGGGUUCCCCUCCCCGAACCCUCUUGGCUUCUCUCUAGCAUUGGAUUAUAGCCUCAAGAUGUCCCGGUUCAGGACGGGCUUUCCUUCCGAACGCUAAGAGCUGCUCCAGGCAUGAUGGAAGUCCCCGAAACUACUUAGCGAAGGACUGUCUUGGAGGAGGGCAGGCUGAGGGUUUUUUUGGGGGAGGGGGGCACUGUGGAAUCGCUGCCCUGGAUCUCCCAGGGAGGGCCUGGAGCCCCAUCCGCGGCAUGACCGCCUGCCAGUACCCCGUGGGGCCGGGCUCCUUGGACCGAGACCGGAUGUACCAGCACAAAGUCUCCUUGGUGGUCCGUUACUUCAUGAUCCCCUGUAACAUCUGCCUGAUUCUCUUAGCCACCUCCACGCUGGGAUUUGCCGUCCUGCUUUUCCUCAACAAUUAUAAACCGGUGAAUUACUUCCCGCAGGCAGUGCCCCAAGAUGUUUGUCGAGGGAUGCUGUGUGGCUUCGGGGCCGCCUGCGAGAAGAACCCCACGGACCCUUCCCAAGGUGUUUGCAUUUGUAAAAAGGCCACCUGCCCUUCGGUGGUGGCCCCGGUGUGCGGAUCGGAUUACUCGACCUACAGUAACGAGUGUGAGCUGGAGAAAGCUCAGUGCAACCAGCAGCGUCGCAUUAAAGUCAUGAGUAAGGGAGCUUGUGGUUCGAAAGACCCCUGCGCAGAGGUAGUCUGCAGCUUCGGCAGCACGUGCGUCCGAUCCACGGAUGGGCAGUCGGCCAAAUGCAUCUGCAUGUCCUUUUGCAGCGGCCUCCCCGAAAACACCGUCUGCGGCAGCGACGGCAAGGACUACCGCAGCGAGUGCCACCUGAACCGACACGCCUGCGACAAGCAGGAAAACAUCUUCAAGAAGUUCGAUGGGCCGUGCGAUCCUUGCAAAAACACCCACAACGACAUGAAUAGAGUUUGCCGGGUCAGCCCUCGCUCGCGACGGGCCGAGUUGCUGCCCAGGCCUGAAAGCUGCCCCUUGAAAAAAGACCCGGUGUGUGGGGAUGAUGGAGUGACAUACGAGAACGAGUGCGUCUUGCAGAGGACGGGCGCCAUCCGGGGCAUCGAGAUCCAGAAGUUGCGUUCAGGACAGUGCCAGGUUCAAGACAGAUGCCGGGACGAGUGCCGUUUCAACGCCGUGUGCCUGAUCCGCCGGGGCCUCGCCCGCUGCUCCUGCGAACGGGUGAUCUGUGACGGCGCCUACCAGCCUCUCUGCGGCAGAGACAGCCGGACCUACUUCAACGACUGCGAGCGCCAGAAGGCGGAGUGCCAACAGAAAGCCGCCAUUCCGGUCAAGCACCAUGGACCUUGUGAUCUUGGCAAGCCGAGCCCCUGUUUGAGCGUUGAGUGCCAGUACGGUGCCACCUGCGUGGUGAAGAACCAGGAGGCCGUGUGCGAGUGUCAGCAAGUGUGCCAGAGCGUCUACGAUCCGGUCUGCGGCAGCGACAACCUCACCUACAGUAACCCUUGCGAGCUGGACGCCAUGGCGUGUGCCCUCCGGAAGGAGAUCCGGGUGAAACACAAGGGCCCAUGUGACCGCUGUCGGAAGUGCCAGUUUGGUGCCAUCUGCGAGGCCGAGACGGGCAGGUGCGUGUGCCCCACCGAAUGUGUCGCCUCCUCUCAGCUGGUUUGCGGAACCGACGGGAACACCUACGGGAGCGAGUGCGAACUCCACGUUCAGUCCUGCAUCCAACAGGUUUCCAUCGAGGUGGCAGCCCAAGGCAGCUGUAAAGCCUGUGGGGCCACCGUGUGUUCCUUCGGGGCAAAGUGCGUGGACGGGCAGUGCCUCUGCCCCCGUUGCGAGCAACAGCCCUCGUCCCGCGUCUGCGGAAGCAACGGCAUCACGUACAACAACGAGUGCGAGCUGCGCCUGGCGGCUUGCCAGCAGAAGGAAGAGCUGGAGGUUGCGAAGAGGGGCCCGUGCGAAGACGAGUGCGGCUCGGGCGAUGGGUCUGGCUCCGGAGAUGCCAUCGAGUGCGAGAGAGAUAGCUGCCGGAAGUACGGGGGUUCAUGGGACGAGGAUAUGGAAGAUGACCGUUGCGUGUGUGAUUAUACCUGUGGGACCGUACCACAGAACUUGGUGUGUGGGUCGGACGGGGUAGUCUACACAAAUGAAUGUGAACUUAAAAAAUCCCGCUGCGAGAAACGCCAGGACAUUUACGUGGCAAGCCACGGACCCUGCCAAGGGGUCCCAACGCUUCCGUCUUCUUCGCCAGAACUCCUUCACUGUAGUAAAACCGUUUACGGCUGCUGCCCAGACAAUGUGACGUUGGCGCUCGGAGUUGGGUCGGCUGGAUGCCCCAGCACUUGCCACUGUAACCCCUACGGCUCCUACGGAGGGAGCUGUGAUCCCAGCACGGGCCAGUGCUCCUGCAAACCCGGCGUCGGGGGGCUGAAGUGCGACCGCUGCGAACCCGGUUUCUGGAACUUCCGCGGCAUCGUGACGGACAGGAAGAGCGGCUGUACCCCCUGCCACUGCGAUCCUGUGGGAUCCGUCCGGGAUGACUGCGAACAGAUGACCGGCUUGUGUUCGUGUAAAACCGGGAUUACGGGCACCAAAUGCAAACAGUGUCCCAGCGGAAGCAAGCUGGGAAUGUCCGGUUGUGAGAAAGAUCUCUCGGCCCCCUCAUCCUGCGCCGAAAUGACCUGUGAAUUCGGGGCGUCGUGUGUGGAAGUUAACGGCCUUCCCCAGUGUGAGUGUCCGUCAUUGCUUUGCACGGAAGCUGACACCUCCAAGGUCUGUGGCUCUGACGGAGUGACCUAUGGCGACCAGUGCCAGUUAAGGACCAUUGCUUGCCGGCAGGGAAAGAUCAUAGAGGUGAAGCAUUUGGGCCAGUGCACAGAAUCUCAUGCCGGCCACCCCACCCCGCCUGCAACCCAACGGCCUUUGGACUCUGUUCCCCCUCUGGCACCCCAAAUCACGACUCUGGCUCCCGAGCUGACCAGGACAUCCUCCUCUCCUUGGCAUUCAGAAGACUACGUUUCCCGCCAGAGCCAGCCGGUCACCCGAAGGAUAACCAAGCCUGCUAUCCUCUCCACUCUUCCCUGGACGACUCAGGGCAUCCGCCAGACCACUGCCAGACCCCUCCUGACAGCCCCCGUGGUCCCUGCUGCCACUCAGACGGCUUACAUUGAAUCGGGCAGCGCGGAAGGCAGCGGAGAUCCAGAACUGGGCACCAGUGGUGAUCAGGAAGGCAGCGGGACCAGCUCGGCAGGUGAGGAAGAAAUUGAAGACCCAAAGGAGCCAAGUACCCACCUGAUCGAGAGAGCCACCUGUUACAACACCCCUCUGGGAUGCUGCUCGGACGGCAAGACUCCGGCCGCUGACGCCGAAGGAAGUAAUUGCCCAGCCACCAAAGUCUUCCAAGGGGUCCUGAUUUUGGAAGAGGUGGAAGGCCAGGAGCUCUUUUACACCCCGGAAAUGGCCGAUCCCAAAUCGGAGCUUUUUGGGGAGACGGCCCGAAGCAUCGAAAGUGUGCUGGAUGAGCUUUUCCGCAACUCGGAGGUGAAGAGGGAUUUCAGGAGUGUCCAGGUGCGACAUCUGGGCCAAAGCAGCGCCGUCAGGGUCAUUGUGGAGUCUCAUUUUGACCCAGCGACUUCUUACACGGCUGCUGACAUCCAGAGGGCACUUUUGAAGCAGAUCAAAGCCUCUAAGAAGAAAACAAUCUUGGUGAAGAGACCCCAGCAAGAGAACAUCAAGUUCAUGGACUUUGACUGGAUCCCCCAGCUCUUCACCACGACCACCACGACCACGAUCGCCACCACGAUGGCUCCUACGGCCGCCAGCUCCCAGAGGUUCCCCAACAUCACGACACCCCGGAACUUCAAUCCAGGACGGAUGAAUGGGAAAUCCUCUGGAGGAGCCACCACCAAAAAGCCCAGCACCACCCUUCCAACCUCUACAGACCGGAAGAAACCCAUGCGCCCUAUACCCACCACCAAGAAGCCCCUGCGGCCCUGUGACUCUCACCCAUGCUUGCAUGGUGGCACCUGCGAGGACGACGGCCGAGACUUCACUUGCAGCUGCCCUGCAGGAAAAGGAGGAGCGGUUUGUGAGAAAUCCGUCCGAUACUUCAUCCCCAGCUUUGGUGGGAAGUCCUACCUGGCGUUCAAAAUGAUGAAGGCCUAUCACACCGUACGUAUCGCCAUGGAAUUCCGGGCCUCCGAGCUGAGCGGGCUGCUCCUGUACAACGGGCAGAACCGUGGGAAGGACUUCCUCUCCCUGGCGCUGGUGAACGGAUUCGUGGAGCUCAGGUUCAACACCGGCUCGGGGACAGGCGUGAUCACCAGCAAGGUGCCCGUUGAGCCUGGCCAGUGGCAUGCGCUUGUGGUCAAUCGGAACCGGAGGAACGGCGUGCUGUCCGUGGACGGGGAGCCCCACGUGCAUGGCGAGAGCCCAAGUGGAACCGACGGGCUGAAUCUCGACACUGAUCUCUUUGUCGGAGGGGCUCCGGAGGACCAAAUUGCUGUGAUGGCCGAGCGCACGUCGGUCACUGCUGGUCUGAAGGGCUGCAUCCGUCUGUUGGAUGUCAACAACCAGAUGUACGACCUGCGAGAGAAAGGCGACGAUGUGCUGUACGGCAGCGGAGUGGGGGAGUGUGGCAACAACCCUUGCCAGCCCAAUCCGUGCCACCACGGCGGGCUCUGCCAUACCAUGGAAGCCGAGAUGUUUCACUGCGAGUGUCUGAAUGGUUAUACAGGACCCACCUGUGCCGAUGAGAGGAACCCCUGCGACCCCAACCCCUGCCACCUCUCCGCCACCUGCUUGGUGUUGCCGGAAGGCGGAUCGAAAUGCGAAUGCCCCAUGGGACGAGGAGGCGAAUUCUGCGAAUCAGUUGCAGAAAUGGAUCAGACCGUGCCUUUCCUGCCGGAAUUCAACGGAUUCUCAUACCUGGAGCUGAACGGUCUCCAAACAUUUGUGCCAGAUCUACAGGAUAAGAUGACCAUGGAAGUUGCGUUCCUGAGCAGAAACCCCAACGGUUUAAUUUUCUACAAUGGACAGAAGACGGAUGGCAAAGGCGAUUUUAUCUCCUUGGCCCUUCACAAUGGAUACCUGGAGUACAGAUACGAUCUGGGCAAAGGAGCUGCCGUCAUCAAGAGCAGAGAGCCCAUCCCUCUGAAUAGCUGGGUCAGUGUUUCGCUGGAGAGGAACGCACGGAAGGGCAUCAUGAGAAUCAACAACGGAGAACGGACCUUGGGUGAAUCGCCGUUGCCCCACACCUCACUUAAUUUAAAGGAACCCCUCUACGUCGGGGGCGCACCGGACUUCAGCCAACUGGCUCGGGCUGCCGCGGUAUCUGCUAGCUUUGACGGAGCCAUUCAGAAGAUUUCCAUCAAAGGGACCCCCGUCCUGAAGGAGGAGAACAUCCGCAGCGCUGUUGAGAUUUCGCCUUUCCGCUCCCAUCCCUGCACUCAAAAGCCCAGCCCAUGCCAAAACAGAGGGACCUGCAAACCCCGUCUGGAAACUUACGAAUGCACCUGCCCCAGAGGCUUCUUCGGGACCCACUGCGAGAAAGUUCUCACCGAGAAGGCAGCCGGAGACUCGGAAGCCAUCGCCUUUGACGGCAGGACCUACAUGGAAUACCACAACGCCGUUACCAAGAGUCCCGAUGCUUUGGAUGAUCAUUUGGACCUCAGUGAGAAGGCUCUGCAGUCCAACUACUUCGAGCUGAGCAUCAAAACCGAAGCCACCCAAGGUCUUAUCUUGUGGAGCGGGAAGGGCCUAGAUCGAUCGGACUACAUCGCUUUGGCCAUCGUGGACGGCCGGGUCCAAAUGACCUAUGACCUCGGCUCCAAACCCGUGAUCCUGCGGUCUACCGUCCCAAUCAACACGAACCAGUGGAUUCAGAUCAAAGCGUCCAGAGUCCAUCGAGAUGGGUCCCUACAAGUCGGCAACGAGUCUCCCGUUAUGGGUUCCUCGCCUCUUGGAGCAACCCAGCUGGAUACAGACGGGGCCCUUUGGCUGGGUGGGUUGGAGAAGCUCAGCCUGGCCCACAAGCUUCCCAAAUCUUUCCUCACCGGCUUUGUGGGCUGCAUACGAGACGUGGUGGUGGAUCGCCAAGAACUCCACCUGGUAGAGGACGCUUUAAACAACCCCACCAUAUUACACUGCGCGGCCAAAUGAAGACAUCCUGCCUCUCUCUCUCUCUCUCUCUCCCUCUUCUAUCUCUCUUCCCUCCACCCGGCUAUUGCUGUAAUUAUUUUCUAUUUUUGUAAAACUUCUUGCUUUUUUAUAUUUUGGGGGGGGCGGGGGGGAGGGACAGGAAGAGGAGGGGAUAGCAGGGAGACGAGGAGGAAGAAGACGAGAAGGAUCGCGAGAGGAUUCGGUUGAAGGACAUUCUUUGGGGUUACUGUUUGGUUGCAGCAUUUUCUCGCCCAUCGGACUCUCAAGGAGCCAAAAACCUCCCCAUUUUUAAAAACCCGGCGAAGCUUCGGAAUGUGACCAAGGAACAAAGUUCCCCCAUUUUGCUUCCGGAUGGGGGGAGGGGCGCGCGGGGUCACCGUCCACUGUAAAUGUCACUCAUACUUGAAAUCAUUCUUUUUAUUAUUAUUAUUAUUAUUAUUAUUAUUUUUAAUCAGGUUUAUUAUUUGUUUUGGCCGACACCAAUAUUAAGGGGGGAAACGGAAGACCAGAGACGGAAGGGUUGUCCGAGCCGUGGCGUCUCUGAACAAAGGAACAGCAAUUGCCCUACAAACUCAAGGCGGGGGGGGGGGCAGAUUUCCCACAUGUCCCCAAAAUUGUCUGCAUGAAGCAGACACCUUGUUCCGACAAAAAAAAAACCAAACCUGUGAAUUCCUCUCAUUCACAUCCAGCAAAGUCUUUCAAGGGAGGAUUGACAGUCACAGACCUUAUCUGGCUUGGAGAGCUGCCAGCCCGAUAUCUUCAGAACUUGGCAAGAAGUCUCGGAGAGUCAGAGCGAACUAAUUGUCUCCUGCAAACUCCACUCCCCUUUCGCUCCUCUUUUAUUUCCCUCUGGGAGGGGCCGUUCAUUGUCCACCUGUGGCUUUACUCCUGAGUCGACCCUUGUUCUUUAGCUGUUCCCUUCUCCUGGCAGCUCACACUGGAAACAGGCUCCAGCUGUUCUCCUGCCUCACUGAUGUCCGACUCCGAAGACAGCUGACAACUGUCAGAGGGCCCUGGCUCCCUCUCUGCCUCCGACGCAGAGCCCUCAUCAGAGCCGUCCCCAGACUCCACGACUGACCCAUGUUCCUUCCCAACCUCCUCACUGUCUGAGUCUGCCACCAGCUCCGCUGGCCACUGGCGGGCUACAACACUACCUCCCCUACCCCCCAAGACUCUGCAGCCCGUCAGGCCAUCCCUCACCUGAGCUCCACGAAUCCGUUCACCAGCGCCAGGGAGAGGAAGUCCUUCCCACGGUUCUGCCCUUCAGUCUUAACCAGGCUCCGUAUGAUCUUUUCGUACUCACCCUUAGAAUGACAAUGUGUCUUGUAUGUAGGUGUGUGUGUGAAUACACACAGAGACACACGCAUAUCUAUCCUUUGUCGUCUUUUGACAGAAGCCACAGGAGAUUUAGUUCUCGGUAGCAGUGGUGAGAAACGGACAGAUGCAGAGUAGAAAGGAUGGUCAGAUGGUCUCAAGAGAAGUAGGCCAAGGAAUUGCGGAAAGUUAAACCCGGGGUUGUGGGUGGCCUGGAGAUCAAGCAGCCUUCCUUAAACCUUCAAGGCAACGAGCUUAACUUUCUGAUCCAGAAUCUUGAAUCUUCAAGGAAACGAGCUUAACGUUUCGGAUCCAGAAUUCAUAAUUCACCAAGAGAAUUAGCGACGGGCUCAGGACAACAUUUUUCUCUAGCCCAGACAACCAGAUCUUUGAUGCUACCUAAGAUCAGGACCAAGCUGAUCAUCCAACCUGCAAAAUAAUUUUGGAGACAUUCCAGAGCAGUAACCGUGGUUAAAUCCAGACAAGGUUGUCUUAGGUGCCUGGUCUUUAUGGAAGAAAAACAUUUUAGAGGUUUAACCGUUACCCCACUCAUCCGGAGAAGUGCCAGUCAGGCCUAAAACUUGACUCCCCAGUUUUACACACAUGUACAUAACCCACACAUAUCCAAACCCCCCGGUCCCCAAAUUUGUUUCUCAUGACUCAUCUAUGAAUCUCUUGGGGAAGGGGGAAAAAAAAUACAUGCCUAUCUAUCUUAUCUAUAAAUAUAUACAUAUAUAUUUCUAUGGUGUGAUAUGUACAGCCAGAAUCCGGUGACUUCCGUCACACCCACUCCUACAUUCCAAAUCCUUGGGAUACUCUUUCGAUUUUGAGGGUGUCCUUGGCAGGAAAUUUGGAACGGGACUCUCCUUUCCAGGGGUGGGCUUCGAAAAUUUUAGCACGGGGUUCUCUGCCUGGUUGUUGCGUGGGCGUGGCCUACUCGGGCUUCUCCACCAUGGCGGGAUGGUGGUUUUGCCCUCUCUGGGCUCCGGAGGCUUUCUUUGAGCCUCCGGGAGGGCGAAAAUGGCCUCCCCAGGCUCCAGAGGCCCUCUGGAGGCUGGAAAUGGGCCCAUUUUUCAGCCUUUCAGUAGGCCUGUUUUUUUGGCCUCCCCGCGCACCCUACACUUACCUGCAUCCAAAACGGGCCGCGUGGGGACUCCAGGGAGGGGAGGGGCGGGGCAGAGUGGGCAAGGCCAGCCAGGAGUGGGAUUUGGGAGUUCUCCGAACUUCACAGAAUCUCCCGAACCCCCAGCAGCCCACUCCUGCUCCUUUCCCUUGGGGGACGGCAAGCGGUGUAAAAUUCACAGAACGCAAAACCCCUCCGUCACGGAUGUCCUACAACGUCCUGAAUUGGAUGGUGGGGAAACUGUGGCAAAUCCAGGUCAGGUUGGCUGGAUGGAAUAGCAGCUAGUAAGCUGCUAGUAAGGGCGGAUUUGGAGUGUAAAUGUCUUUGUGUGUCUGUUUUGUUCCUACGGUUCCUGUUUCCUCGCAUCCUUGGUGGCUUACGCGAGAAGCCGCGAGACCAGUAGCGGGAUUCAAAUUCCCGUCGCUACCAGUUCGCUCGUGGGCUCAUGCGGGCAUCAUGCUUUGUGCAUCGUCCGGGCGGGUGGGUGGAGCCUCCCACCCCUACCGGUUCGCUCAAUCUGGGAUGAACCGGUAGCAACACCACUGCGCAAGAUCCUCUUUUUUCUCACGUUAUUUUUAUCCAGCUCGGUUCGUUCUUAGUUGAAAAACCACCUACUGAGAGAAGCUUGUGGCUCGGGUGACUUAUUCAGGCAAGAAAGGGAGAUUUGGGGAGGGUGCGGUUUGAAUUUUAUUCCCCUUGGUCAUUCGACCCUCUCCCAAAAAAAAAAACCCCAAACAUUUCCCAGGAAUUAUUGCGGCCAUCGUAAAGGCGCUGAAAAUAGAAACACUUCCUAUUGCUGUACGGGCCUGUUUUUGCAACCUUGCUCAGUGUAGAACUAAGACAUUUCCUGACAGCGAAAACAAGUUAAUCUUGCCUUCAAAAGUUGUGGAGGCUUUUACGAAGAGAUUGGACACCCGGAAUAGUGGAGAGACUCUUGCUUGCGCAGAGGGUCCCUUCCAACACUUAUUCUGUAAGAUGAGUGGACUUCAAUGGCCAGAAUCCCCCAGCCAACAUUUUAUCCUAUGUUUUAUGAGCCACGGUGGCGCAGUUGUUAAAGAGUGCAGUACUGCAGCCUAGUUCAGCUGCCUGCAAUUUGGCAGUUCGAAUCUCAGCAGGCUCAAGGUUGACUCAGCCUUCCGUCCUUCCAAGGUGGGUAAAAUGAGGACCCAGAUUGUUGCGGGGCCAUAGGCUGAUUCUGUAAACCUCUUCGUGGGUAAAAUGUAUCCUUCCUUCCUCCCUCCCUCCCUCCCAGUGGUUAGAAUGCAAUAUUGCAGGCUAACUCUGCCCGCUGCCAGCAGUUCGAUCCUGACCAACUGGCUCAAGGUUGACUCAGCCUUCCGUCCUUCCGAGGUGGGUAAAAAUGAGGAACCCGGAUUGUUGGGAGCAAGAAGCUGACUCUGUAAACUGCUUAGAGAGGGCUAUAAAGCGGUAUAUAAGUCUUAUGUGCCAUUGCUAUUGCUAUCCUUCUUUGAAAAUGGCUGGAAAAAUCUCAAUUUUCCCACUGAGCCUCCAAUGGGCCGAACAGCUUCUGAUCAGGUUGCACACUUCCCUUUCCACCUGAUGGGGUGGAGUUUAAUCCAGUCCAGUUUGGUAGUGAAUCUGAAUGUCGGGGUCCCAAUCCGUGUCCCCCCUCCCUCUCCUGGAGACCCAAAUACAGACAUGCCUUCAGCUGGAAUUUUAAGACUGGAUUUGAGAUGCUCUUCUUGAUGUACUUGGAGAGGAAUAAUAUCAUUGCAAGAACACAUUUGCUGUAUUUCUCAAUGUGGCCUUAACUUUGUGUCCUGGGCUCCAUCCUACACGGUUGCCAAGACCUGGGAAUGCUAGGAAAGGGCCCCCUCCCUAAAUGUGAAUGUACUGGGCUAGUUACCCUCAGCCAAUCGUUACUCCCCGGGACUGAACUCCGAUUAUCGGGGACCCCUUUUUACCGAUUUGAUCCCAUUAACGUUGACGUUUCUGUGGUGCUAGGGGAGAAACAGAAAAAAAACAGGACCGCCGUGUAUUUCAAACGAAAAUAAACAUCCCAAAAAACA